GGCGGCGUCAGAGGGGGCGCGCAGCGGCCGGACAACGGCAAAACGAUUCUAACUAGCUUCAAUUUGACCGAAUAUAGCCAACCGGGUGUCUUUUAUUACUACUCGGAUGCCACCCGGAGCAAGGAAUUAGAGGCAGUCGCUGUCACACGCCGGGGUUGGGAUUUUAUUGUUAAAGGCAGGGUGGGUGGGUUUCACUGAUAGCAGCUAACGUUAGCUAACUGGCUAGCUAGGCGAGCUAACACGGGCUAGUUUUACUUUAGCCCACUGAAAGAACGGCGGGGAGGGGAUUGAGGAAGAGUAUUCGGGCCAGGCCGCUUCAGCUUUGGGGGAAUGUGAACCAGACGCGCGCAGGGGGGUUUGCUUGCUUCGUCCUCACGCCAAACUACCGGGAUGGGACAGCAGGUUGGCCGAGUCGGUGAGGGUACAUCGACCGGGCUCCAGCCACCACAGCCCCACGCGCCCCAACCACACCAAGGGAAGGGGAACCGGGGGAGCGGCGUCGGGAGGAGACCCCGGGAACCCGGCAGUAGCACCGGGACACCGCCAGGCAGGACAGCUCCAGUCAAUGUGCCCGAUCCAGGCAUCAAUAUAUUCACCCAGCAUUCAGAAGCUCUGACAGAGGCGGUGCGCUGGAGCUCCAAGGAGAACCUUCUGGGCGCCACCGAGAGCGACCCUAACCUCUUUGUUGCACUUUAUGACUUUGUUGCUAGUGGAGACAACACACUCAGCAUCACCAAAGGUGAGAAGCUGCGUGUGCUGGGCUACAACCAGAAUGGAGAGUGGAGUGAAGUGAGGUCUAAAAACGGUCAGGGGUGGGUUCCCUCCAACUACAUCACACCGGUCAACAGCCUGGAGAAGCAUAGCUGGUACCACGGGCCCGUUUCCCGCAGCGCUGCAGAGUAUCUGCUCUCAUCACUUAUCAAUGGCAGUUUUCUGGUGCGAGAAAGCGAGAGCAGCCCCGGACAGCUGUCCAUAUCUCUGCGCUAUGAGGGCAGAGUGUACCACUACCGGAUCAACACAGCCACGGAUGGAAAGGUGUACGUAACAUCUGAAAGCCGAUUCGCCACUCUGGCCGAGCUGGUCCAUCACCACUCCACUGUACCUGAUGGUCUGGUCACCACGCUGCACUACCCUGCACCCAAAUGUAACAAGCCUACAGUGUACGGUGUGUCACCCAUCCAUGAUAAGUGGGAGAUGGAGCGCACAGACAUCACCAUGAAGCACAAGCUGGGAGGAGGCCAGUAUGGGGAGGUGUAUGUCGGAGUGUGGAAAAAGUACAACCUCACUGUGGCUGUCAAAACACUAAAGGAAGACACUAUGGAAGUAGAGGAGUUUUUGAAAGAGGCGGCAGUUAUGAAAGAGGUUAAACACCCAAACCUCGUUCAGCUGCUGGGUGUGUGUACGUUAGAGCCUCCAUUCUACAUUGUGACCGAGUAUAUGCCACAUGGCAACCUACUGGACUACUUGAGAGAGUGUGAACGCGAUGAGGUGAAUGCUGUUGCGCUGCUAUACAUGGCCACGCAGAUCUCCUCUGCCAUGGAGUAUCUGGAGAAAAAGAACUUUAUACACAGGGAUCUCGCAGCAAGGAACUGCCUGGUCGGUGAAAAUCAUGUCGUGAAGGUUGCCGAUUUCGGCCUGAGCCGGUUGAUGACCGGUGACACCUACACCGCCCACGCUGGGGCCAAGUUCCCCAUCAAAUGGACCGCACCGGAGAGCCUUGCCUACAACACCUUCUCCAUCAAGUCUGAUGUCUGGGCUUUUGGAGUGCUACUUUGGGAAAUUGCCACUUAUGGCAUGUCUCCCUACCCGGGUAUCGAUUUGUCUCAGGUCUACGAUCUCUUGGAGAAAGGCUAUCGCAUGGAGCAACCUGAGGGAUGCCCGCCCAAAGUUUAUGAACUGAUGAGGGCAUGCUGGCAGUGGAGCCCGUUGGAUCGACCUUCGUUUGCAGAGAUCCACCAAGCCUUCGAAACGAUGUUUCAUGGCUCGAGCAUUUCUGAAGAGGUGGCAGAGGAGCUCUGUAAGACAGCAUCCUCUGAUCACAGCGGACCGCUGCAGUCUUUCAGUCAUGAUAUGCCCCUGUUGCCUUCCAAAUCUCGCCCACUCCACAAGCACACAGAAAACAAGGAAAACAUCGAGGGUGGACUGGACGGCCGCACCGACCACAGCACGCACGGUCACUCAGGUUGGGCGUCGUCUUUGCUCGGAGGGGACGGCCGAUCAGGCAGCUCCCCAGCCCUCCCCAGAAAGCAACAGUCAAGAGAUAAAUCUCCCAGCAGCCUUUUAGAGGAUGCACAGGAUGUGGGCACAUUUACACGAGACCGCAAGACUGGCUUCUUUAGCUCAUUUAUCAAAAAGAAAUCUUCCUCUUCUUCCUCGUCACAGUCUUCUCAGCACCAACAGAACCUUCCGAUGCCACCCAAGAGAAGCAGUUCCUUCCGGGAGAUGGAGACACAACCUCACAAAAAGUACGAGCCUACACCCGAUUUCAGUGCUCCUCCUCCCCUGCCCCAGUCAGACAGUUUAGGGGGCUUUUCUGCGUCUCCUUCCCACUCACAUGGGGAACCUAUCCAGGCACAGUCUCGCUGCUGCGGGGCAGCUUUUGGACAGAAACCCUCUGGGGGAGGCUUUGGUUCACAGGUGACAAGUGGUAGCAGUUGGAGUGGGCUGGCUGGCUUUUUUACCCCUAGACUCAUUAAAAAGACCCUGGGGCUACGGACAGGAAAGACAUGCUCCACAGACGAGGGUGGAAAUAUAGUUGGUGGGCCUAAACCUUUCCCUAGGUCCAAUUCUACCUCCUCAAUGUCAGCUGGGCUGCCUGAUUUGGAGCGCAUGGCUCUGACGUUACCCAGGAACCGCAGUGCUAAACCGCCUCUGGAGAGGACUGCCUCAACAACCUCUCAGCCAGAGAACGGGGCUGCACGACCGUCGGAAACUCUGCUGAGGAGGAUGGAUGAGGGGACUGCACAGAUCAGGGAAAGGCCCAAAGCCAAGCUACUACCCCGGGGCACUGCUGUAGGGGUGAGGGCACCGGGGGUUGGGGGGGAAGUUGGGGAUUUGGACAGCCUGUCCCGAGUCAGGGAGGGUAGAGAGGAGAGUGGAGGACUGGACAGGCAGCAGAGUUGGACAUCUCCCUCCAAGUCCUCUGGCUUGAGCAUGUCAUCAGCUGUAGCAGGUGGGCCAACUCACAACCACAAAGUCCCAGUCCUGAUCUCUCCCACACUGAAGCACAGCCCAGGUGAUGUGCACCUGGUCGGGCUAGACUCUCAGGGGAACCGCUUUAAACUGCUGUCUGAGCACCAAGCAGACCGAGACAAGCCACGCCUCGUCAAACCCAAGUGUGCACCGCCUCCUCCCCCUACUCUACGCAGUCUGCAACACUCCUACAGCGGCGACGGAGAAGAGCAAGUCGGAGGAAUGCCCGUGGAAGUAAAUGGGGACACAUUAAAAGGUCAAAGGUCAGGGCGAAUGUCAGGAGGAAUGAUGACAGGCAGACCAUCAGUGCCACCACCACAAGUGCCUCCAGCUUCUUCCUCUUCCUUUUCCUCUUCUUGCUCUGCCACCACAAACACAACCCCCACUAAAAUGGCCAAUGGGGCGACCACCUCUGCCCCCUCGCACACAGCACUGUCUGCUGGUUCCAAAGUGGCACUGCGGCGAACUAGGCAGCAAGUGGAGAGGGCGCCCUUGGAGCGGGUUAGCCGCGAGGCCUUGCUGGAGUGCGCGGAAUGCCUGAGCAGCGCACUCCACGCCAGCUCCGAAAGCCCCUCCAGCAGCCAGGUUCUGGACGCUGGCCAUCAGCUGCUAGACUACUGCUCAGGUUAUGUGGACUGCAUCCCUCAGAUGAGGAACAAAUUUGCCUUUCGAGAGGCAGUGGGGAAGCUGGAGCUCAGCCUGCAGGAACUGAGAGCCUCGUCGUCAGGAGGUGGGGGGUUGGGUGGCGUGGGGUCCAACACUGUACUGGAUAACCUACACAGCUGUAUUAAAGAGAUUAGUGACGUAGUGCAGAGGUAGCCACCGUGACACCACAAAUCGUCACCUCUAACUACCCAACAGAUCGCUUUGAUUCCUUUUUUAUGUUUCAGGUUCUGUUGACAGCUUUCUGGGGGACAGAAUGAGAUGCAUCUCUGCAGUACCUCACACUAUCACUACAAGAAAUAACUUUUUUUUUAAUUGUUUACAAAUCAGUUUGAUAAAAUGCCAGUGUGGACACUAAUUUUCCUCUAACCUGUACAUAUUGAGAAAUAAUAUACCAAACUAAAUUCAAGUCGCACCAUAAAACGUUUCACCGCAACUUUUUACGUGGCCUUGAUGUAAAGGCGUCUUUGCUGCCUGAAUGUCGAGUGUAUCAGCUGUGUAGCCAGCCAACAGAGUAGGCAAAGCUCACUCUGCUUCCCCUCAAUUUAAACUCAAGAAUUGUUUUACAAAUAUGUAAGUGUACCGUUUUCCUCUGUCUGGAGAACCAAGUGAUCGUGAGCCAUUUUGGAAACUACAUUCAUGUGAACUCCUUCGAGGUACGAGGGGUGGUGGGGGGGUGUUCUCAUAGGCCAGUUGGACAAGUGUAAAAAGGUUAUAAAUAACACCCACACCUGCUUUUUCCCUUGUGUGGGGUUAAAGUCUGGUUUCUUUUCUGUUUUGUUUUGUUUUUUUCAAUAGUAACCGUGAAAUUUCCACAUGUCCACCUAAUUAUAAUAAAAGUUUUAGCGAUUGCCUACAAAAGUAAACGUGUGCAUUUGACAGAUAUUCCCCGCAGCACUGACACAUGAUGAACGAACACGGGCCGUCACUUCACACACACAGAAUUUGUCUUUACUUCAGUGACUGAUGUUCACACCUUAACGUAGUGCUACAAAAAUGGGGAAUCUCCCCAGUCCCUUAAAGCAUUUCAUUAUUCGUGUCCAGUUAUCCUCGCACGCUGCUUCGUUGUUUUGUACGAUGGAGCUGAAACACGUGGAGUGAGGAAAGAUAGAGCACAGGGUAGCACAUGAGCAGGUGAACUGGGACAGUGUUUUAAAAGUGUCCUUGCGAGUGUGGACAGUGCUGGAUUCCCUGUAGCCUUGUCGUGGCCUCAGUGCCUCAUUCUUCAGUGUAAGAACGCUGCGAAAUGCAGAGACCUACUUUACACUAAUCACACAGUACUGAUCUCGCAACAAACUGCAGUAUGUCUUCAGCACAUGAGCAAUUUGUACAUUAUUUGGUUCACAGAAAAAUGCUUUUUAGAAUGUCUAUGUAUGAACUUGAAUUUUAAAUUAUUGUUGUUUAGGUUUUUUUAAAGCACAGACCUAUUUUAAAAGAAAAGCUAUGUAAAUAUUUGACUUAUUUCAUAUCCAGGAAUCAAAAGAUUUAUCUGUGGUCACAGCAUAAAAAACAAUGUUUCUGACUGAAGAGAUGUAUUUCAAGACUGAGGCCCAUCCACCCAGAUCUGAUUAUCUGCUUUAUGAAUGUAUUCUUCUGUUCUCAACCUGGUUGAAUGUUCAGCUGCGUGUCUCUUUAAUCUCUUAAGGUGCCAUAUUCUUUUUUCCAUUUAACUUACUGGCCCAUACUUUAUUUUGAUCACACUAAAUAAUAAGUCCAGAGAUAUCUGCUCUGUUUUUUGAGCACAAGCAGAAUUGUGUACAGCACAUACACAACUUGUAUUAUUUUCCUUUUUGUUUACUUGCUUUGGUUCUCAUAUUUAUGUACACUGGAUACGGCCUCGAUCUCAUUGGUUCAUUGACACAUGCUCUGUACAUGUAAAAUUGUAAACACUGCUGCAAGUCCGUAACACUUUUAAUGCCUUUCAAUGGCAUGUAAUUUUUUUUGUGGUGCAUUUCAUCCUGUAAUUUUUCUUGCUAUUGUGCGUCAGUAAAAUUGCCCUUUUUUGCCAAACAGGAUACUUUUAGACGAGCUGAUUUUUGUGCAUUUAAAAUAACAUGAAAUGAAAAAUGACACCUUUCUUCACAAUUCUUGGUGCCUUUUUGUGAAACAGCUUGUACACUGUCACUGCGAGGACUCACAGAAUGUUCAAGUCCCUCAUUAAAACUCUCAUGCGUAUGUUUCAAUUUCAAUGACAUUGUUAUAAUCCUGUCACUGCGCUGUCGGUUUCUGUCAUUUGGAGGUUAACAGCCAGAUGCCAACAUGUGCUUUUUGGCCAUAUUGGAUAUUUGGCAGUUGGUGUCAGCAUUUGUAAUAAAUGCAUUAAAAUUUAGAAAGAAGAGAUGGGAGAAACACCCUUCAACCACGUUAUGAAUGUUGAUAUUCUAUAUCUUGUCCACCAGAGGGUGCUCUGCAACUUUCAUGUUGGCAAUACAGCAUAAAUAAAUACAUAAACAGAUUACCCCAAUAAAUGUUAGGGAAAUAUUUUUAGUUCUGUGUCUGAAAGAAAGAAUAUUGGAUCAACAAUUGUAUCAGUCGGACUCUAUUUGGAAAAUCUGUAACUAAUCGGGUUUAUUUGUGGCUGUUAGCGCUGUUAGUGCGGUCACACAAAUAUCUGUCUGAUCUGAUCACACUUCAGUCUAAAACCUUUAGAACUGACUAGCACCAGAUUGGCCUUAGUUUCUCUUUACUUUGUGUGAAUACGCCUUUUUAGAUGGUGAAAGAAAAAAUCCUGAAAUCACGCAUUUCUAUUCCGAACAGUUUUAUUUAAUUUAUUUUUUAAGGAUUCAAUCGUUGAUCGUCAGCGAACUGAUUUCGUACCAACUCACAAGCCUGAUCUCAAGACCAAUGCUGUUUAAUAUUUAAGCCUGACCACAAAAU